CCAAACCCUAAAUUCUCUUUUGCCUCAAUUUAAGCAUUCCAAUAGCAAAGGACAUAUCAUGGGGGAAAUAUCUCAAUUUUCCGUGGCCGUCGUUGAUGAGCAUACCUCGGGUCAAAUGGCUUUUUCACGCCAAGAUGAGCUACUGGGCAAGAUAUCGCAGAUCGAUAAAACUCUGGGGCAACUGUUGGAUUGGUCGAAAUCAAUAACGCAAGAAUUUGGCUUACUAGGCCCCAGGCCAGCCAUAACUACAACCACGCCGCUUCCACCUUCCGCGGUGUUUGACGAAUGCAAUUCUGACCAUGAGGCUGAUGAUUUUUACCCAAGCUUGCCCGAGGAUUGGGAGCAAACAUCAAUGAUGGUAAAUCAAGAGGAAGCUAGAUCUGUAUGUUUAUUCGUGUCUUCUUGUGAGGACAGAGAAUGCACUAAUACAGUCUAUGAAGUGAAAUUCAAACACAGAGGAGAAGUCACUCAUGAACCCCCAGUAGUUAGACAAGUUGCCAAGUUCCGCAAGGGUUGCCUUGACGCUGCACGGAUUUUCAACCACUCCAAAUUAUACUGCAUUGGAAAAGAUGGUGGAUUUAUUGUUGACACGAGGAGUUGGUCAAAAUGUUCAUCUAUUCCUCCUAUCCCAUCCUCUAACUUACUAGAAACUAUUGUGUGUGCGUAUGGCAAGGUUUAUUAUUUUGCAUGUUCGUCAUACUUCUCACCAGUUACGGGACACUCCUUCGGGAGAUAUAAUCCCGAUCAUAAGGUUUGGGAACAAAUGACUUCUUUUCCAUUUUAUGAUGAUUAUGACCUCACUAUGCAAAUGACUGGUUAUGCCGUUUGUUAUGGAGUUAUUUUAUUUUCAUUAUCUGGCUUGAGGGACGAGAGUUUCAGUUUCGUUGCUUUUCACGUGGGUAGAAGGGACUGGAAUAGAGUGAAAAUUGACACUUCUGCUCAUGGUGCUCCUCUUUUCGAAGGGAGGGCCAUGGUCGUAAACGAGACUAUCUAUGCCUUAUAUGGGGAUGCAAAGAUUAAAGCAUUCUCCUUUAUAGGGGAACCAUGUGAUGUUAAUGGUAUUUCAUAUUCCCUAAGGCAACUGUUUAUAGUGCAAGGUCUUGAUAUCGCGCGUCCGCUGCUGCCAUGGCUUAACGAGAUGACACACUAUUUGGUUCAUUUGAGAAACCAUGACUUUUUCUAUGUCCAGACUGGCUGGUGUGAUUCACAUCCCAAGGUUCAAUAUCUUAGUAUCACCACGUUUGAAAUUGUUCUUGGAAAAGGAGGAAAACAUAUGAUCAAGACUAUAGACUCAUUUGUUCAUUCUGUGGAUAUCAAGGGCUCUGAAUGGUUCAAUCUGGUUUUUUGCUUCACACCUGAGUGCGAGGAUUAUGAACCCAUUGGACUAUUAUGAAUCAACCAAAACAAGAAGAAAUAAAUGCCAUGAAGCUCGAAAUAGAAGCCAUGCAUAUAUGCAGCUUGAAGAAGGAGGAAAUAUGCAUAACAAGGUUUCUCAUAAAUGUUAUUAAUAAAAACCUUGGAUAGC